UGUUUCUUAGCAUUAGUCGUAAAUGCUCGUUUAAAUAGGAUUUUUAAUAUUUUUAGAGCUAUGUUUGUUGCUAUGUGUUAUGAUCAAAGCUUAAAACAAUAUUUAAUCACAGCCACCUGUGCGUAUGUUCGAACUUUAGGACCAACAACUUAUCAUAUUUGUGUAUUUGAAACAUUACGUCGCCUUCUCGUCGCUGGAAACUGAUAACUGGACAUUGGGGUCGUGAACUCAUACUGAGCAGCCAUCUUGUCAGUAGUUACUCUAUUGCCUACUGUAAUAGUCGUUCUCUUUGGUCCGUGUAAUUCAUGGUGCUGCUGAAUCCAAGAAAAUUUCGUUGCACGUACCGCAGCGUUUGCGAAGACUCCAAUAGUUUUGAGCUCAUCAUUGCACAAAAGAAAACUGUGACACUGAGCAAGUUAAUCUUCGAACUGUGUAAAGCCUGUGAACUGAAGAAAAUGUCUUGCAUUCCGCCAUCCGCUUUUACGGCUGGGCGUAUCCGUGAAACUCAACGUGAAAAUCGUGACUUGAAGAUGCCCAAUGUUGAUAUGGGCAAGAAACCUGACAAAUAUUUCAGUUUCACAAAUGUUGAAUUACCUGUAAAGUAUAACAGCAAAUUCAUGAAUAGUAUCUGGGGAAAGUACAACCGUUAUUCGCCGCACAAUGUGAAAAAAGUCAAUGACGCCUUCGUUUCUUCUGGGGAUUUUCAGCAAUUGCCUGUGAAUUCCUCUAAGAACGAACCCAUGAUAACUCUGCCGUCGCCGAAACUAGACAACGUUUGGGCCGCAAUCAAUGUAUCUCAGUCUCAUUGACAAUUUUGUUUUUUCUUUCUUAAUAUGAAAUAAAAUAACAUUUUUAAAUA